AUGCAGAUCCUCGUCCUCGGACUGCCCCGAACAGGCACCCAAUCUCUCGCCGAUGCCUUGGCCAUCCUAGGAAUCGCGCCCGUCUACCACAUGCGAGAUGUAGGCAAGAACAAACACCAAGAUCUCUGGGUCGAGGCCAUCGAGGCCAAAUUCGAAGGCAAGGGAACCGCCUGGACCCGGGAUGAGUUUGACAGGAUCCUGAGUGGCUAUGAGGCCGUAGCGGACUACCCAGCAGCCAUCUUCCCCGAAGAGCUGAUCGCCGCCUACCCUGAAGCCUCCAUAAUCUUGACGACUCGCACCGCCGACUCCUGGCUGGCGUCCAUGACCACGACCCUCUGGCACCACCACGUCAACCAGCCCGCCGAUGACCCUGGCCCGCUCGCCACUCUGCGGCGAAAGUACCACGCACACUGCUGGGGCAACGACUUGCCUGCCCACGGGAGGCGUUUCUUUGGCGAGCACAACGAGCGGGCGCGCAAGGCGGCAGAGGUCGCCGUGGCCGAGAGUAAGGCCGCCGGGGAAGGGCACGCGGAGAGGAAGUUUCUCGAGCUGCCAGUAGGGGCUGGCUGGGAACCGCUUUGUCAGUUUCUGGGAGUGCCUGUGCCAGAGGUGAGCUAUCCUCGGAGCGAUGACUGGUUUGAGUACAAGAAGGAGGUGGCGAAAAGAGAGGAAGCGUCGGCGGAGUCUGCCUCGCCGAAAUAG